ACAUGACUAUUUCUUUACAGUGAGGUUAAGCUAAUCCUUAGUAACACAACAGUAUCGCGAUUAUCAAUCGUUUUGAAAUAGUGAAGUUAUUUAAUUGAUUCUGAAAUGGAUUUGUUAGCUCAUCAUCUUAAUGAAAUAAAAAUACCUGCACAAGGGGAUAAAAUAUAUAAAGACGAAUGUAUGUUCUCCUUUGAUAACCCUGAAUCGGAAACGGGAUUAUAUGUCAGUCUUACAAGUUUCUUGGGAUUUGGCCGAUGUCAUGUUGAAAGAUACUUCCGUAAAACAGGACAUAGUGUGUUCUUACACAUUCGUAGAGAACGGCGAGAGGUGCAAUCGCCUACAUUAGGUGAUGGUCCCGAGAAAAAAAUUACACGAUUAGCAAUUGGAGUUGAAGGUGGUUUUGAUCCCAAUAGUCAAAAAAAGCUGUUUGAAUUUGAAGAUAUUUAUAAUUUAGUGAUUUUGCCCGAUUUUGCGACAAUUUCGUGGCCCAAUUCCGAUUUACCAGAUAUCGUUCGGAAAUCUGUACAAGCGAUUCUAGAUAUAGAUUCCGCUACGAAAUUAGCAGAAUUAGAAAGCUUGAGUAAUACGUGGGACGGUGAAACAAGAAGUGUUAGUAAAUUUGCCGCAAACUUAACUCAAUUAGACAAUGGUAUUAAAAUUCCGCCAUCUGGCUGGAAAUGCGAGAAAUGUGAUAAAAUUGAAAAUCUUUGGUUAAAUCUCACCGACGGUUCAAUAUUAUGUGGACGUCGCUUUUACGAUGGUACCGGAGGAAAUAACCACGCAAUUGAACAUUACACAAUCACAAAUUAUCCUUUAGCGGUUAAAUUAGGGACAAUAACUAAAGAAGGAAAGGCAGAUGUCUUUAGCUAUGCCGAGGAUGAUAUGGUAGAGGAUCCGCUAUUAAUUAAACAUCUUGCACACUGGGGUAUUAACAUCGCAAAUAUGGAAAAGACGGAAAAAUCAAUGAUUGAAAUGGAGUUGGAACUUAAUCAAAAGUCCAAUGAAUGGAUGGCAUUACAGGAAAGUGCCGGUCAGCUUAAACCAAUGUACGGACCUGGCUAUACUGGAAUGGUCAAUUUGGGCAAUUCGUGUUACUUGAAUAGUAUAAUGCAGAUGAUUUUUAAUAUACCAGACUUCGUAAAGAAGUACGUGGACUGCGCUUCUACAAUCUUUGAUAAUGCAAACAUGAUGAAUGCUGCAGAUGAUUUGGCUGUGCAAAUGGCAAAGUUGGGUGUAGGAUUAGUAUCUGGCACAUACUCAAUACCACCCCCGAAAGGCUCACCUCCCGAUGCCGAUUCGCCCGGUAUUUCUCCGAUAAUGUUUAAAACUUUAGUGGGUCGUGGUCAUGCGGAUUUUUCGACCAAAAAGCAGCAGGAUGCGCAAGAAUUCUUUUUAUAUUUGCUUACAUUAUUGGAACGUGUUAACAAAAACGAUUUCAACCCAGGAAAUUGUUUUAAGUUUCAAAUUGAAGAUCGUGUGCAAUGCGCAGCUACCAAAAAAGUGAAAUAUACAUGCAGGGAUGAAUGUGUCCUCUCUCUGAACAUACCUCUGGAAGCUGCCGUGAACAAAGACGAAGUUGCGGCUUACGAAUUACGCAAAUCGGAGCUAGAGACGAAUGGUAAAAAAAUUGAUCCGAAUGCCUUGGUGAGACCACGUAUAAAGUUCUUUUCGUGUCUGGAAGUUUUCACUCAAACCGAAAACAUAGAUCAGUUUUACAGCACAGCGUUAAAGGCCAAAACUACUGCGAGAAAGUCUACGCGCUUUGCAUCAUUUCCCGAUUAUAUUGUGAUUCAGUUAAAGAAAUUUACUUUAAGAGAAGAUUGGGUACCGAUCAAACUGGAUGUCGCUGUAGAGAUGCCAGAUUUGCUUGAUCUCAAUUCAUUCAGAGGGCACGGACAACAGCCAGGAGAAGAGUUACUGCCGGAACUUGUUACAUCAGUACCCGCCCCAGAUUUUGAUGAGGCAGUUUUAUCACAGCUUCAGGAAAUGGGAUUCCCCAUGGAAGCGUGUAAACGAGCAAUUUUUUUUACACGUAAUACCGGUUUAGAAACUGCAUCUUCCUGGAUAAUGGAACACAUUACGGAUGCCGAUUUUUCGGAUCCAUUUAUUCCACCAGGUACAGAAAGUUCGGCGUUUGUUCCUGAUCCACAAGCACUUCCCUUAAUAACGUCAAUGGGAUUUACCCAGGAACAGGCAACAAAAGCACUAAAAGCAACUGAUAAUAAUGUCGAACGAGCGGUCGAUUGGAUUUUCUCCCAUCCCGACGAAUUAGAAAGUACUACCGCACCUGCCGCGCCACCAUUUAAAGAUGGCAAUGGACAAUACAAACUAGUCGCUUUUGUCUCUCAUAUGGGACCGUCGAGCAUGGUUGGGCAUUAUGUCGUGCACAUUUUAAAAGAUGAACAUUGGGUCAUAUUUAAUGAUAACAAAGUGGCACUCUCAGAAAAUCCACCAAAGGAGUUAGGUUAUUUGUAUUUGUAUCAAAGGCUGUAAUUGAAUCUUAGUACGUCACAUUUGCCUCAUUUAUAAUUUUGUACAUUUGUGUGUGGAAAACUAACGUAUAACUGUAAAUGAAUAAAAUUUUUCAUACUUGUA